AUGUUCCUACUAGCAAGAACCGUACGCUACCGCCACACGCCGGACACCGUCGCAAUGACGGCUGUGACGGUGAAAAUGCGCGUGUUCGACGAGAACAUGCAGAUAUCUAAGAUCAUUGAAACCAAUCUGAGCAACCAAUCAUCACAGCUUGCUGCUCUACAAGUCGGAGACAUCUUGUCUUUGGUUGGAAAUCAAGAUCCGAAGAUGUUGGAAGAUAGUGAAAGUCUUGUCGAUUUUCUCACUCAAUCGCAAGAGCCAGUUCGCUGUGAGUUCACAAACGCGCAGCUGCGAGUUGUUGGACUGGUACGUUGUGUUCUCCCGGAGGAGGAGACGGCAGGAGAAGCCGCGGGGACACAUGCCUGCUCGUCGAACGUGGACAGCUCGUCCAAGAGCACAACUACCGUCGGUUUGAUCCUCGGAGUAGAGACUGCUCGUGGAGUCAAAGUGGAAGCGAUCAUUCCCGGCAGCCCUGCAUUCAAGACCAAGAGCUUUCAGCGAGGCGAUGUCGUCGCAAAGAUCAACGGGAAGAAAGCCUCGGCAACCAGCAGCAGCUCUCUCUUGUGGGGGGCACAAGAAGGGUCAAGCAUUCAGAUCGAAGUCAUCAAGCCGAAUGGAGCUUCCAUAUUCUCCAUCCUUUACUUUGCUAGCGUCGGGCGAAUCUUCUACCAAUAUCAGCUCAUGGCUGCUGUUGUGGAUCUCUCGAAGCAAAUCUACAAAGCAGCAGACGAUGAGACAGCAGUAGAAACGACCAUCUCCAAAUUGAUGGACCUGAUUGCACAACGAGAAACAGAUCGACUAGAGUCUGAAACCAAAAGAGAGCAAAAGAUGAAAGCUCUUGAAUUGGAAAUUGAAAUUCUGAAAAAGUCGCAAUAUGCGGAUAUUCAAACUCUCACAGAUCUCAAGAGUCGAUGUCACGAGACUGACGCUGAGCUUGCGAUGGCCAGAAAGUCCGAAGUGGAUCUUCGACUCUCGAGACAAUCUUUGGAGGAUGAGCUGGUACAAGUGAAGAAGAAGCUGAGGGAGACUGAAGACUUGCUUGACAAGUAUCGCAGCUCUCUGCGGGAUGACAACUCGGCUGUGGAUGAAAUCGGAAAGAUGACCUUUACCAUCAUGGACCAGGCAGAUGAGAUCUUUCGUCUCAAUGACUUGCUGGUGGCGGUGCAGGACGAUCUCAAGACGACGAGGGCGAGGCUGCGGCAUCGAGAGCUCGGGAUCGAGGAGGGCAUGAGACGGUGGCAUACCGACGACUCCUCGACCGACAUCGACCAAGUGAAGGGCAAGUCCCUCGCAGGCGUGCUCGUGCCUGCUAGCUGA